AUGGCUAGCGUGGUUAGCAUGCCAACAAUAAAUAUAACAGAACUGCUGAACCAAAUCUUUCCAGACCUCAAUACGCUCGAAGAUCUCAUCAGGAAAUCUCUUGAAAGCUUCAAGGAAGCUAACAGGUUGAGACGAGUUUACCCGAAAGUCGUUGAGCUUCGGAAGCAGUUCAUAGUAGUCGUCGAAAAAAAUGCAGAGCAAGUACUACGAAUAAAGCCGUACUGUGACGAUGUUGCAAUAUACUGUGACGGUGCAUCUAAUAAACAAAUUCAAAUCACGGAUAUCAGAGAAAUUUUGCCAAACUUACGAGCAGACGCCGUACGGCAUGCACAAGCGUUAAAAGAAUUAAAGACGCGCUACCAGUCUGUAGUUGAUGAAAUAAGAGAUUAUUUGACAGAGUUACAUCACGAGAAAAAUGAAGAGGAUUUUAAAGCACGUCGCGAUCGUGCAUUGGAUCUAAUUUCUUACGUGGCAAUUACUACAGCCUUCAGCGGCAUCGCUUGUUAUAGUAUCAGCAUGAUUUUUACUGGACAAGCAGAGCCAUGUCAUUCGAGGACGGUAUCGAGCGAGCCUACAAAUCCAAACAUGAGCUCGACUAACGAAUACGCGGAAGAGAGUGGAUCGAUAACAAUGUCGAGCAGACUUGCACAGACAGAAUUGAAUACGACGGGUGAAGAUGGGGAAUUUACAAUGAUAUGCAACGAAACGAAAAACUGUACAGACAAUAGCACCGCACUUAAUGAAACAAACAAUAAUGGAAAUUUAUCUGCUAUUGCCAACAGCACGUUUUGUAGGAUUACUUCCGCGCUACAUUUAACGCCUCGAUAUUAUCCUUACUUUGGAAUGCCUCUGGCGCUUGUAAUGUUGUUUUGGGGCUGGCGACCUCGGAUUUUAAGUAGAAUGCCCAAUGGAUUCAAAAGACUAUUACCAAGAUGUCUAGUCACUUUCCUUUCUUUUAUACCUGGUGUAUCUCGAAGAACCAGCAAUGACAAAAAAUAUGAAGACUUUACAUUAUUUCUCGAGACACUUUACCGAAUACGUAUCCCUGCAAUUAUCGAAAAUAUCGGUACACUUGUGAACUUUUUUGACAAUCAAGUGAAUGGUUUUGAUACUAUGAUCGAGAGGCUCGAAUCGAUAGACGACCAAAGUUUCUUAAACUUGUCGUUAGAAGUUGGGCAAAAGACGGUACAAAUUUGGAAUGAACGCAAGCAGAACUGCGGAGAAUCCUUUUUACGUAUUAAUCGUAUUGUGACAAGCGAUGAACUUGCAUGA